AUGUCUUCCGCGCGGGGCGCUGCGGGUGCCGUUAAACCUAAACUCCACAACGUAAAUAGUAUCUACGCGGGCAAAAAUCAAAACGCCGUCAAGGCGCCCGGUGCGGGCAAGCAUGGCGGACUUCAAAGUCUUGGUAAAACAACAGCAGUGGUACGUCGUAUGCCACCACCUGCUACGUUACCUUCGUUGAGGGCGGAAAGUCAAGGACAAGAUCCUAAUAUUGCACUUGUGCCACAGGGUGGCACUGGUUGGGCUAAAGGGGAUGCGAGCGCGGCAAAUGGCCAAACAGCGGAUUUUCAAUCGGUGGUAAAAUCAUCAGCUAGUUUAACGGGAUCCACAUCAACAACAGCAGUUACAUUAAAUACAUUGGGCGGGAUAAAUAACGGCAGCGGGCCACAUACAGCAGAUUUACGGCCAAAAUGGGCGAAACAACCAAAUGUUGCAGAAGCGCAAGCAGCAGCACUGCAGAAUGCGAGUACAGUAACGGCCUUAUCAAGGGAUUUUCCAUCUCUUGCAGCUGCCACUGCAACCAUCGCAAAACAGUCCAGCAAUGCUUUAACCGAAAGUCUCAAACCACAAAAGUCUGGAAGUUGGCGUGCUGGAGGCAGUUCGGCAGUAUCACGGAACGAAGAGGUACCGCAGGUGACGCUACAUUCGCACUCAGGACCAUCUCAUUUAUCUACUACUGUAACUGCACGUGUUGCAGAGAGACAGUUACCCUCUCGAUACUACGACACAACAGCAGUGCUACCACCACCACCUCCAAACGGUACAUUCCAAGUGCCGAAACUGCAGUCAACCAUAUCCGUUUCCAACUCAGGUCCUUUGGAAACUUUGAACAAUCAAUCAUUAUCAACAGAAAACGCACCAAUACGAAAAACGAGUUGUCCAGGCACAACAAAUGUUGCUUCAGUAACUUCUCAGUAUCCAGCAAAUGUAGCAGUUCCACCGCCAAAUUACUCCCGACCACCACCAAAUUAUAUUCCGGCGCAGACGGAUUCUGCGCGAAGCGGGUCAAAUUAUGGUGUACAAUUGCAGCCAUCCGAAGACGGAACAGAUGGAAAGCAAAUACAGCCGAAAAGUGGACUUGGCGACGAAGGUUGCAGCAGUCGGCGAUAUUUUGAGAAAGUGAAAGACGGUGUUAUGCUUGAAACUGCGCAGGUAGUGGUAUCAAGUGAUAUCCAAUCGAAUUUUGCUCGCAGGGUGAUGUGUGAUAAUCGAAGUGUUGAUUUCGACGAAUUCACUGCUAGAGACAAAAAUGAGUGGCAUGAUGACGAAACGCACAGAUGGCUUAAUGCGAUUGGCUGUACUGGUCAGGAAUCGCAGCAAUGUGCUUCCGAAUUUUCACAAAAUUGUUAUAACCGAGAUCACGACGAGGAAUUGGAUCGCAGACAGAAUAUUGAACGUGAAGCGGCCAUCGAACGUUCACGUCAAAAAAGGCGUAUGGCGAGUCAAAGCUCAGCAGUAUCGGAGAGCGAAGGUGGAAGCGUACCAUCUGGUUAUGGAUCUGUUAGAAUGAUGAACGCAUAUGAAAAUGAUUCAUAUCCUGAUUGGGAUCAAUCUGCUCGUGGCAACUUUGGAUUGGCAAAGAGUAAUGAUGAUUCAAUGGAUCGAGUUGGAGAGUGUUGGGGUGUUGUAGGUGGAUACGAUCUAUCCACUCGGAAGGAAGAGCAGGAAACAACACAGCGAAUCGAAUUUCGAAUGCUGAAACGUCCAGAAGGUAAAGGAGAUGUUUCACAGCAAUUAUCCCAAAUGGGUGUCCAAGACAACGAGACGCAUGAUGAAGAUGAAGAACAACAGCUAACAAAACUUUCACGACCAGCAGCAAAAAUCGUUAAAAGGAUGGCUCCUGGAAGUAUUCCACCGAUCGAAGGAGUUACUAAUCAGUCUUCUGAAACAAUCAACUCACAAACACAGCGCAAACUGACACAGCAACAAAAGAAUACCGACAAGAGGGCUAGUGACUCACGUAUUCAGGCCUCUUUACAAGGACAACAACAAAAGGCAUUGUUUCAUCGUGAGAUUGAUGGCAAUUCGUCGAAUGAAUGGGUAAUUCAAAAGCAGAAAACUUCAUUGAGUAGCACGUCACAACAGUCACACACGGCAACGAAAACACGAGAAAAUGGAGCCGAAAGUACACACAUUACAAACGCGUCACAGGCGUUGAUGGUAAUACCACCGGCAGAUAACGUUUGGGAAAAACGAGCAGAGGAGCGUGAAAGUGCGGAAAGGGAACGUGCGGCACAACAAGAUGCUCUAAAUCAGAUGCGUCUGCAGCAAUUCCCUACAGUAGGUGAACAGUCAGGUAUAAGUGCAAACGAACCGCUCGAUGAGAAUUCAUCGGUAGGGCGUUCCGAAAAUUCUUAUACAAAAAAUGAACACCAACAUGGUCGAAGAACUGGUAAUAGAAGUCGAAAUCGAGAGACGCACAAAUGGGCGGAAAAAAAAUACAGCUAUAGUCAGCAGCACGAUGAAGUAUGUAUCUCAGAUUAUUAUGUAGCAGAGGAAGAGGAAGAUGGAAAUGGAGGGAGAGAUGGAAGUGGUGGACUUUUCCACGGUCAACGUGAGUUUGUGAAUUCGAGAGUGCAUCGUUCCGGUCGUGGCUCGUCAUUGGUAAAUUCUCGUGGUAGCAGAACUUAUGGUUGCGGUAGUUUCUUGGGAAUACGUCGUGGUGGCAGUAUGCCACACCAACAUCUUGGCACUGGACAAGCACACCGCAACCAAAAUAGAUGUGAGCGAAAUCAGCGUCGUGGGAAAUGUCAGGAACCUCAGGAAGAUAAUUUCUCCAAUAUGGGCGAAUUUCGUGUCGAGGAUACUUAUGUGAAUGUACCGGCUGUCAAAGAAUCGUUAGCAGAAGAGAAAACAGAAGAUAAAGUUUCUAGUGCUGUAGCUGUAGUGCAGGAUCAGGAGCGUCAUAUUCAGAGUAGAAAUACCACUCGUCAGGGUGGUCCUCAUCGUAGCGCACAGCAAUUAUAUGAGCCAAAAAAGCGUCAGGAAUAUAGUCGUACGGGGAGAAGAGGUACCCGCGCCGGUCCAACAAAAAUUAACCCUCAGCGCAGUGGUGAUGUCCACAUAACAGGUGCUUAUCAGAACCCACCUGAAAGAGGGAAGCGGAAAAAAACUAGCGAAGACCAUAGGGUGGUAGAUGAUGAAAGUUCAGUUCGAACUCAUGGCGAUGGAUCAUACAGACGGGGUGGGAUUCGAGGAGCACAUAGCAUACGUCGACGUAGGCAUUCUGGUGUACGCCAGAGUAACGCUCGUGGUAAUAGUCAGUCAUACUGCGGCGGCAGUGAACGUACAACUCAGUUGAAAUCACCAGUUAAUUCAGAAGGCCAUGAAGAAUGGGAAACAGCUUCCGAGAGUAGUGAUUUCGUAGACCGACAAAAACAAGUACGGCGUCAGAAUGCUCCAUCAAAAUAUAGCAACUCACGCAGAACUAUUCGCUCUAGCAAUGGACGUCGCGAAAGCGGUACCGGAGCAGUGCCCAAUCGUACUUCAAGUUCAAAAAACGUGAAACCCGCCAGCACUACGUCGCGCGUGGCCACCCGCGGUGCCCAGUUAGCAAAGGAGGAAACAGCGCCGAUAACGCAGGGUGAAGCAGCACGAAGAUCCGAUACCUGCAGAGACGGGCUGGCGGGAGUGGAUAUCAACAAUGCAGGUGUAAUCGUGAUUGAUGAUCAUCCAGAUGGACAAGUCGAUGAUGCCACAGAGAAUAAUGAUGAUUUCGAAGAAGUGUUGUCUAAGAAAAGUAGAAAACUUCGACAACAGCAAAUCAAUGAACAGUUAGAAGCAGAAGAACGUCGAAAAGUUAAGGAAAAGGAGAAAAUUGAGCGGCGUAAAGCGCGAGUGCAAGCAAAGCGAAUAGGAAAGAAAUCAGCGACGAAGAAUGACCGUGUUGGUUCAAACGGUACUAAUUUAGCUGGUGAAGUUGCUGCGAAAGCGAGUGCUUUGAACACGAAUAGUCAUGGGGUUAGAGAUACUGGUAUGAAUCGUCCAGUUUUGACAAAUGCACAAAAUACUCUCAACACUACUGUUUGGAAUAGUUCGAUUGUUCGUGAACAAGCAACACAUCCAUCUCCACCAGUUGAAAAUCGUCCGGUAAUACCAUCACCUAUAGCUCGCCCUACACCGAAAGCGCGCAUUUCUUCUGCCUCAGUAGUAAACACUGCAGUGAAAAAAGAAGUUGACUUAUGGACAGCACCAGAAGGAGAGCAACGGCUUCAUACUACACGAAAGCUUUCGGAUGGUACGCUGAAAAAGAGCAAUGCAGAAUUUACGACAAAUUUUAGCGCUGCUGCUGCAACUCAUGGAGAAAAUGGGCAGUACCAAUUUACGUUUGAUCCUUCCUUGCAAGAUAACACACAGAGCUUGAAAAGAUCAUCAAAAGAAGGUUUGGUAACGAAAGAUGAUGGUACUUCACCUUUGGCAAACGUCGCACUUGAAACAAAUGAUGAUGAAUGCCUAAAGCAAAGAUUAGAUAAAGUAAAAGACUUCUGGCCCGGACAACAACAAUUCGCAAAUAAUUUACUUGGAAGUGGUAACGAAAAUAAUACAAUUGCGCCGUUGGUUGCUGACAAAAGCGGAUCUAGUAAUGUUGGAGUUUCUUCAGUGCCACAUGGUCCAAAUGUUGCUAAAGUUAGGCCACAGCCUCAAGCAAGUGAACAAGUAACAAACAGUACCACUGUAAACUUGAAAGAAGCGAAUUCGUCGACUCCGUUUGUUCCGUUGCUUCCACCACCUUCUCCUAUUGCAUGUUUGCCGCCAGGAGCUUACCUGCAGUCUCUUACGCAAGUUCCACCACCGGCGCCAUUUCCACACUAUUCGAUGAUGUUUAGCGAAUCGUAUAACCCGAAUUCAUCGACUGCUUCUCCUGCUCAAACGCUAAUUGGUAAUGCUGUCCCAGCAAGUCAAACUCAGACUGCGCGUUCGCGACCUGCUUCAUUUGUCGAACAAUCGCAACUCUUCAUUCAUCCACCUCCCAGUGGUGCAGCCGGAAAUAGUAUGACCUGGUCAAAUGCUAGUCCACAAAUUGAAUUACUAGCUGGAAUCAAUGCCACACCUCCUCUUGCUUCUCAGUCUGUCAGUUCUGUGCAACGUUUCCAAGUUAGCUCGCCUCGAUCUGGUUCCACAUUUGGCCCGGUACCGUCAGUUUUAAACAAUAACCCUAAGAUCCCACAUAUGGGGCGACCUCCACCUCAUCCGCAUCAGGUCCUUCCACCACUACACCCACCGCAUAAUUUCAUGGCCCCUCCUCCAGACUUUGUUUCUUUGCAAGGCACUAGUUUGGGUGCUGUCGGCAGUCAACGCAGCGGCGAAACGCACAGUACAACGAAUAACCCUUUGUCCAGAAAUACAAACAGUACUAUGGGACAAAUUGCACACUUGCAGCAGCCGUUAAAUUUUUCGCAGUCGUCACAAACCGGAUACUCUAUGUCGGCUGCUACCACUUUCAAUCAAGCACCGCAGCUUCAUCCAUUCACAGCUCCACCACCACCAUUGCGUUAUCCAACACUUCCACAACUUGCCAGUAAUGAUGCGAGUGGGGUUGUGACGGCUGGCUGGACAAGAGCCACUGCGCUUUCCUUCAAAUAUACAAAUAGUGCUGUACUCUCAGCAAAUCGUCCUCCGUUAUCACGUUACCAGUCAUCGGAUCGUUGGACCGUUCCAGUGAGCCUUCCAGUGCUGUAUCACAGCACACAAAAUUACCAGCAUCAAAAUGCCAAUAAAGACGGGAGUGAUGCAGUUAUUCAUGGAAAUAUUGAUCGCUUCCAAGGAACGCACGUGAACAAUACUCGUGGUCCGACACCCGAAGAAAGCAGUGUUCGUGCAAGUUCAGUAUCUAGUAUUUCUGCUUCCGGCACUACGACUGAACCACUUGAUAGUUCAAAUCGACAAAAAAAAGCAGCGAAAGUUUAA